CUGUCAGUCUUGCGCAGCUCUGUUGAACAGCAGGUUAAAUUUGUGAAAAUAUUAAAAGAAUUAUUUACAUUAAGUUUAAUCACAUCAAUUAUCCAAUAUUUUGGUGUGCUCUUCAGUAAUACAAUGAAUAUUGACUCGUUACCGAAGGAAUUUCCUGCGAGUUGUAUCGAUUUGAAACGGAAAGAUGUUACGCACAUCUCGGCAUGGAUCAACAGGGAAGAAUUUCAAUUAGUUUUCGACCGUAUUUUUUCCUCCGACGUCGCUUCCAAGGAAUGUGCUCUGCAGACGCUAAAGGUUUGGAAAAUUCGACAGAACCGGCACACACCGGUAAGUGUGCUGUGCACGUUGACCAUCCUCGAGGUUCAGAUUUACGAUGCUAAGCGUCAGCAAGAUAGCAAAGAAGCAGGAAAUGGGGUUGAAAUUAAGAACCUAUAUUCCGGGGCAUUCACUCGGUUCAUCAAUUAUUUGACGGAGAGCCACCAGCAGAGUGGAGCGGGACGAAGAGGUACAAUUGCGAAUCGAGUGAAAGAGAUCGGAAUCGAAGGCUUUCUCGUUGAGUUGAGACACCUGUGUGCUCACAGUGCGAUGUCGAUUUCGGUGGACGUGUUUCGAAGGUCGGCUGAUUAUUGCAUGAACUGGUUAAAGGUUUGUUACUGGCAACGGGAACUGCAGUUGAUUGAAAGCUGUGAUGCUAAGCAGAUUAAGCGGGAUGCUUUGGGAUCAAAACAUGAGGAGGAUCUCAAGUACAUGGCUGCGGUAUAUGACGUUGCCACGAAAGCAAUACAUAUGGGAGCACAAACACUGAGCGCGGCGGAAAAGCAAUUAACUUCCUCACAGUUUAAACUGCUUCAAAAGCACUCCCUUGCCAACAACGCGGAUCAGCUGAACACUAUUGUUUUUGAUGUUGUUCGUUAUUUAUCAGAAAAUAUGAAACUUCCUAAAUCUUCUGAAACGGUUCCAGCUGUAUGUAACGCUUUCCUUAGCUGUCGGUAUAUGUUUGAAGCACCGGUUAAAGGGAACACUCAAGGACUCGCUUGUAUCCACCAACGUCUCUUCCAGGUGCUGGUUGCAAGGGGAUACAUUCAGACAUACUUGGAAAAAUUGAUCGACAUCUGCGAAAACGGGCAGGAGUCUACCGAGCGACGUUUGGGAGCGAAGUUCUGGGCCAUUGAGAUAGCUCUAGCUUUUCGUUUGCUGAAAAAGUUUAAGAAGCUAGUCAAGAGCUUACCGGACCGAUCGCAUCGGUUUAUUCGGCGUGACCACACUAAGAAAAUGUCCAAUACGGUACGUGCUAUUUAUGAAAACAGGUUGCGGGUUGAUCUGCAAAACACAAUCAUCAUUGGAAUGUCGACCAAUUGUCCGUGGCAUCUGCGGUUUUCGAGAAACUAUUUGAUCGAUCGGAUUUUGAACGUAAAUGAGUACACCAAGGAGAUUUUGCCGAUAAUUCUAGCCCUAGCCGAACCUCAUUUGACGUUGUCCCAGCGGGAAACAAUCGAAGCAGCCAUGGAGAAGUACACACUUAAUUACUUGGCCGUAGUAGACGAGGAAGACAUGCAACUUGACGAGUCUAUCGGCGGGAGUAAGACUUCGACCCCGAAGCGAGUAGGUGCCAGGAAACAAACACAAUCCAAAGUGUACUCUUUGGAGGAUGUUUUCAGUGCCACCGGCAGGAAACCGGUGGACGCAGUCGACCAGUCUUCGGGUGGUACGCAGAAACCCAAACAGUUUGGCGUGUGGUCAGCGGUGCCCGCUGACGGGUUGGAUUGGGGUAGUUGUCCCUUGGGAAAGUUAGUUUGGGAUUGAUAAGAUGGCAAUAAAAACGAAGAAUAUGUCUGAGCUGAACAUGUUACAGUGAA